CGAGCGGUGGGGAGGAGCAGGGAGAGGGGGGGACCAGGAGGAAGGGGAGACAUUAGGCAGCCAUCAAUCUCCUCCUGUUUCUCCCAGAACAGGUGAUGCUUCUAAAUUGUGAUCACUUUCUGGAGGCAGCGCUGCCGCUGGAAGGAUGCGAGCGACCUAGGACGGAGGGCCUCAGGCGGCAGAUCUGAACUUGCGGAGGAUAAAAGCCAAACUUUAACUACAUCAGUCCGCACCUCACUGCGCAAAGCAAAGGACGGGUUAUCUCCCCCCACCCCUCCCCUCCAGAGAGACUCAAACUUCGGCUCUUGAUCCCUUUUCUUGGAUUGCUUUUGGAGGAGACCGUUUGGUGACAGCGUUGGGAACAGUAGGGACAGUGUUGUAACUCCUAUUGUUAAAGCGACAGUAGACCAGACUUUUUAAAUGUUUGGGAUUCAAGAUACUUUAGGAAGAGGACCAGCUCUGAAAGACAAAUCGCUAGGUGCCGAGAUGGAUUCCGUCAGGUCCUGGGUCCGGAACGUCGGCGUGGUGGACGCCAAUGUCGCGGCGCAGAGCGGAGUCGCCCUGUCCCGGGCCCACUUUGAGAAGCAGCCUCCCUCCAACUUGAGGAAAUCCAACUUCUUUCACUUCGUUCUGGCACUCUAUGACAGGCAGGGGCAGCCGGUGGAGAUUGAGCGCACAGCCUUCGUAGAUUUUGUGGAGAACGACAAAGAACAGGGCAACGAGAAGACCAACAACGGCACCCACUACAAGUUACAGCUGCUCUACAGCAAUGGCGUCCGCACGGAGCAGGACCUGUACGUCAGGCUCAUCGACUCCGUCACCAAGCAGCCCAUAGCUUACGAGGGACAAAAUAAGAAUCCGGAAAUGUGCCGAGUUCUCCUGACGCACGAAGUGAUGUGCAGUCGAUGUUGCGAGAAGAAAAGUUGUGGAAACCGAAACGAGACUCCUUCAGACCCUGUCAUCAUCGACAGGUGGCCUGGCUGAAUGAUGACUUCUCCAAGCCUCAGUUUCCUUUUGUAAAAUGAGAGAAUGGAGGGA